AGACUGACUCCACCGUAGAAGAAGAAAAGAGAAGAACAACAACAACAAUGGCGGAGAGGAGAGACACGUGCCGGUAGAGACGAGCUGACGGAGCCAGACAGGACCAUCAGUCCAAACCCAAGACCUCAGCUGGAUGCAGGGCGGCAGGCCGGCGGUGGAGGUGGUGCGUCUGGGCCUGGUCUCCUACCAGGAGGCUCUGCGGCUGCAGCAGGUCUACGUGAACCGGCACCGGUCCGGUCCGGCUCACGCCCUCCUGCUGUGUCAGCACCCUCCGGUCUACACCACAGGGAUCCGCCACAAACCCUACCCGGCCCUGCUGCUGGACCGCCUGCGCCUGCUGGGGGCCGACGUGCACCGCACCAACCGAGGAGGACUCAUCACCUUCCACGGACCGGGUCAGCUGGUCUGCUACCCGAUCCUCCACCUGGGCAGCUUCAAGAAGAGCGUCCGCUGGUACGUCGGUGAGCUGGAGAAGACCGUCAUCUCCGUCUGCAGCCGGUUUGGUAUCGAAGCGUCCUCGUCUCCUCACACCGGCGUCUGGGUCGGAGACAACAAGAUCUGUGCCGUCGGAAUCCACUGCGGUCGCUACGUCACGUCUCACGGCUUGGCUCUGAACUGUAACACCGACAUGUCGUGGUUCGGCCACGUGGUGCCGUGUGGCAUCGAGGGUAAAGGAGUGACGUCGCUGAGCGCCGAGCUGCAGAGAGACGUCAGCGUGGAGGAAACCGUCCCUCACCUGCUGGACGCCUUCAGGGAACACUUCAACUGUCAGCUGACGGACGGACGGACAGCUGACAGUGAGCUCGACAGCGGAGGAUCGUCAGCGUAGAAACUGACUUCAUGGAUCAGAACAUCUGUCUGAUCCACAUGUGCAGCCUGGCCGCUAAAGAGGCCCUCAACCUCCUUCGAAGUUAACAAUUUACCUUCAGAAGCCUCUGAAUUCAGAGCGCCAUACAUUUAAGGUUUAGAUUCAACUUUGUCUUUUUACCAUUAAAACCCAUCAUACAGACACCUCAUUGUAGUGCAAUCCUUUAGUCCAUCCAUGUUGUGUUUACAUGGAGUUCUGCUGUCGCCACGUCAAAACAGGAAAAUAAAAGAACCAAGGCCUGAAAGAGUCGUUUUGUCUUUAAAGUAUAAUAUAUGAUGUUAAACCAGGAGACAACAUGUGUUUCUUUAAAGUGAAGUCAAUGCUUCCUGCCU